CAGCGUAUCAGUGGCAUCUUUAGCUUCAUAUUCGUGUGAUCAACCCCGUGUGAGUUUUAGUCCAGUGCGCGGGGAACUUUACACAGAAACAAAGGAAAUCUGGCACCAAGUAAACCAUUUAAAUGGGGGAACAGAUGACCACAAACGGCAAGAAUGGCACCUCCACAGCUUGUGUGCCAAACAGUCACCCAGAGAACGCUGAAGAGGUGGAAGGAAGGGGGCACUGGGGAACCAAAGCCGAGUUCAUAUUGACUGUGAUGGGUGCGAUCAUUGGACCCGGGAAUGUGUGGAGGUUCCCCUACUUGUGCUACAGAAACGGAGGAGGUGUGUUUUUCAUCCCAUACAUCUUGUUCAUAUUCACGUGCGGGAUCCCCCUCUUUUUCCUCGAGACUGCCUUGGGACAGUACACUAGCCAGGGGGGAAUUACUUGCUGGAGAAGGAUUUGUCCGCUCUUUCAAGGCAUGGGCUAUGCCAGUCACUUAAUCAUCGCAUUCAGUGCAACAUCUUAUAUUAUAAUCCUGGCAUGGGCGUUCUUUUACCUGUUCCAGUCUUUCAGUGGGGAUUUACCUUGGGCCACAUGUGGACACUACUGGAACACAGACUCGUGCUUGAACUUAAGCCAUCUGAAUCUGAGUAUGACGUCCAGACUGAACACUACUCUUCCUGUUGUGGAGUUCUGGCAGCGUCGGGUUUUAAAGGUCUCUGGUGGUAUUGAGGAAGUUGGGGGCUUGCGAUGGGAACUGGUCCUUUGUCUCAUCCUCAGCUGGAUUAUCUGCUACUUUUGUGUUUGGAAGGGUAUCAAGUCGACAGGAAAGGUUACCUACUUUACAGCAACCUUCCCCUAUGUCAUGCUAUUUGUUUUGCUUAUACGUGGUGUUACCCUCCCAGGGGCAAAGGAUGGGAUCAUUUAUUACCUCUACCCUGACAUCUCUCGCCUGUUAGAUGCCCAGGUGUGGAUGGAUGCUGGCACUCAAAUCUUCUUCUCUUAUGCCAUUGGCCUUGGUUUCCUCACUUCUCUUGGGAGUUAUAACACUUACAAUAACAACUGUUAUAAGGACUGUUUCUACUUGUGUCUGCUGAACAGUGCCACGAGCAUUGUGGCAGGCUUUGCCAUUUUCUCUGUGUUGGGUUUCAUGACAUAUGAACAAGGAGUGGAUAUUUCUGAAGUAGCAGAAUCAGGUCCAGGGUUGGCAUUCAUUGUUUACCCCCGUGCUGUAGCCAUGAUGCCAGUGCCCCAAGUGUGGUCGGUGUGUUUCUUCCUCAUGAUCAUUCUGCUUGGGUUGGAUAGUCAGUUUGUUGGUCUGGAGUGUGUGAUGACAUCACUGGUUGAUCUUUUUCCUUGCCUGCAUCAAGGCUAUAGACGUGAGCUGCUCCUGCUGGCUGUAUGCUGUACCUGCUGUUUGCUGGGACUCUCCUUGGUCACUGAGGGAGGAAUGUAUCUGCUCCAGCUGUUAGAUCAUCAUGUCUGUAGUGGCACCACUCUGCUGCUUCUCUCUUUUUGCCAGUCUGUGAGCAUUGGCUGGGUGUAUGGUGCUGAUCGUUUUUAUGGUAACAUCUCAAACAUGAUUGGCUAUCGUCCACACCCAUUCAUGAAGUACUGUUGGCGCUACAUCACUCCUUUCACCUGUUUUGGCACCUUUAUCUUCUCCAUUGUCAGAUAUUCCCCGCUGAAGUUCAGUAGCACUUAUGUUUAUCCACUCUGGGCCAACAUCUUGGGCUGGUUCAUUGCCACAGUCUCCCUCUCCCUCAUUCCACUGUUUCUAUUAUAUAAAAUAAUCCAGGGAAAGGGCACUCUUCGACAGCGUUUCUUAGAGCUCUGCCAGCCUGUGGACGAACCGUUGUUUGAUCAAAACCUCCAUCUUGCUUUAGGAAGAGAUGGUACAGCAGACCACACAGACCUCGCUACUUUAUCAUGCAACGGGGAAAACGCUCAAUGAACACAAUAACAUAACGGACAUUGUAAAUUACUCUCUGCUUCUUUGAGCUUUUAUCCAUCUAAUGAAACUUAAAGAGUGCUUUGAAAAGAACAAGCAUGCCCUGAAAUUUUUACCUACAGCUUUCACAUUUGUACCUUACCUUAGUUUACCUUUAUCUAAUUAUAUUUCAUCUUUAAGCUUUAAUAUCUUCAA